AUGGCUUACGAACCCCGUGGGGAUUACUCCGAUAGGAGAGGAGGCGGAGGAGCCUUCGGCGGAGGCCCCGAUGGUGCUGAUGGUUUUCAACCCAGGGCAAGAGGUCGGCGCCCCGUCACUGACUACGGUGCGACCCUGGCCACCUGGAUGCGCCACCGUGCCCCAGGAGCCGCUGCCACCCCGACCAUCUUCACUGCCCAGGAUGAGAAACCGAGCCCCAGCUACAUCGUGCAGUUCAUAUCUCCUGCCGUUAAGAGGGCAGACCCCGAGGAUGCCUUGCCAGUCAAGCAUCUCCACUCAUCGCUCAAUAAAAUCAAGCACCCCGUCAACGUCGUCAGGUGGACGCCAGAAGGUCGUCGCUUAUUAACCGCCUCCAGUAGCGGCGAGUUCACCCUGUGGAACGGCACGGGCUUCAACUUCGAGACUAUCAUGCAAGCCCAUGACUCGGCCAUUCGCACCCUUGCUUACUCUCACAACAAUGACUGGCUCCUCUCGGCCGACCACGACGGCAUCGUCAAAUAUUGGCAGCCCAACUUUAACAACCUCCAGAGCAUCUCGGCCCACAGCGAUCCCAUCCGAGACCUCGCCUUCGCCCCCAACGACUCCAAGUUUGUCACCGCCUGCGACGAUUCCACCCUCAAAAUCUUUGAUUUCGCCGGCGGUAUCGAGGAAUCCGUCCUCCGAGGCCAUGGAUGGGACGCCAAGACCUGCGACUGGCAUCCUACCAAAGGUCUACUCGUCUCCGGAUCGAAAGACCACCUCGUGAAGCUCUGGGAUCCCCGGACGGGGAGGUGCCUGACCACCCUACACGGUCACAAAAACACCAUCACCAAGACCCUGUUCGAGAAAGUGCAAGGCGACUGCUUGGCCACCUCCGCCCGAGACCAGACGGCCAGAGUAUUUGACCUGCGCAUGAUGCGUGACGUAUGUCUGCUCAAAGGCCACGAGAAGGACAUCUCCACCCUGACCUGGCACCCGAUUCACUCGAAUCUCCUGAGCACCGGCGGCCACGACGGCUCGCUCUUCCAUUACAUCCUCGACCAGCCAAACACCCCAGCAGGCCAGGCCGUCCAGACCGCGCCCUAUGACACGCCGGAUCCAGCUGCCAGCCUGGCGCAGACCAUCUACCCCUCGCACAAGGUCCCCUACGCCCAUGAUUUUGCCAUUUGGUCUCUAGACUGGCACCCGCUAGGCCACGUCUUGGCAUCCGGCUCCAACGACCGCAUCACGCGCUUCUGGUCUCGCGCACGUCCGGGCGAUGCUGACUACGUCCGCGACAGGUACCACAUCGGCGAGGCUGCUGCCGAGGCGCAAGGAACGUGGGAUCGCCGCGGCAUGCGCCGUCAGCGCCAGGAAGAGGAGGAACAGGAAAUGGAGGACGAGGCGGAAGGUCUCGUCGACCAGAAGAUGCCCAUCAAACAACCCUCUGCGCCCGGCUUUCCGGGCCUGCCAGGCCUUCCCGGGCUUCCCGGCUUGUCCAUGCCGCAACCCAACGGCUCCGCGACCAACCCUGUUCCUCCCCCGCCCCCUAUCCCGGGCGUGGGCGUGGGCGUGGGCGGUCCGACGGGGGCCCCUCCACCUCCCCUACUGUUCCCUCUGCCGGGGUUGAACGGCCAACACCCUCCACCUCCACCUCUGACCGGGAUCGACCCCAGCAACCCGGCCGACCUCGCUAAGAUUGCGGAAAUGAUUCAGAAAGCCGGCGGCACCCUUCCACCGCCGCCUCCAGGCGGCUUUCCCGCACCCCCGCCCCCGCCGCCAGGGGGGAUUGCACCACCACCACCACCGAACUUCGUUCCCCCGCCAGGUGGCCUGCCGCCCGGUUUCCCGUCUUUCCCCGGUCUUGGGGGAGGUGGUCCUCCUCUUUCCCUCAGUAGUGCGGACGACGCAAGGCGAAGGGCGCCGCUUCCUAGUCAGGAGGAGAGUCUUAAAGCUGAGCAGCGAAGGGGGCACUACACCCGCUCGAGAUGA